AUGGCAGUGAUUUCAUUUGCAUUAUUAUUCGUUAUUUUCACUGUUUUAUUUAUUCUUCGCUAUAAGGAUUGGUUUUUAUAUCGUAUCAAAGUCAUACGCACCUACGAAACGAUCCCAUGUCCGGCCGGGAAAUUACCUGUAUUGGGAAACAUACUUGAUCUACCUGUAAAUCCAUAUGAGUUCUCGAAAAAACUCAGUGAAUUCUAUGAAGAUGCAAAAAAGACGGAUCUUUACUGUUUAUGGCUCGGAACGCAUCCGUUAAUCGCGUUUUUUCAUCCCGUUGGACUUGAACAUUUCUUUGCCAAUUCAAAGCAUAUUACUAAAUCAUCGGAUUAUAUUUUUCUUCAUCCAUGGUUACGAACAGGCUUACUAACAAGUGCGGGAACAAAAUGGAAAAAUCGUCGACGUAUAUUGACACCUGCUUUUCACGAUAAAGAACUAUUAAAUAAUUUCGUGGAAAUCUUUAAUGAACAAACGGCAAUCUUAAUGCAACGUUUAGCAUCCGUCACAGGAGAAAAAGAAAUCAAUUUAUAUCCAUACAUCGCAUCGUGCGCUUUAGAUAUCAUUUGUGAAGCAGCAAUGGGUUUAAGCAUCGGUGCACAACAAAAACGAAAUUCUGAAUAUGUCGAUGCCGUUCUAAAAUUAACAGAUAUCAUUUUGAAACGUCAACGUAUGCCAUGGAUGUGGCCUGAUACGGUCUUCAAAUUUUUACCCGACGGACGUGCACAUGAUCGUUAUUUAGAUAUUGUUCAUCAAUUUACCAAAAAAGUUAUUGAUGAUCGUGCACGAGAUUUCCACGCAAGUGAAAUUAAAGGCAAACGUUCGGCAUUUCUUGAUCUACUUCUCAAACAAAUGCAUGACGAACAGUUGACACUUUUGGAUAUUCAAGAAGAAGUUGAUACAUUCAUGUUUGAAGGACAUGAUACAACAGCUGCUGCAAUGAAUUUUACUUGUUUCAUGAUUGCGUCACAUCCCGAAGUUCAACAAAAAUUGCACGAAGAGGUUGAUCGAGUAUUUGGCAAAGAUCGUGAUCGGCAUUGUACAAUGGAAGAUAUUGAAGAACUACAGUACUUAGAAUGUGUUAUCAAAGAAACACUUCGACUUUUUCCAUCCGUACCAUUUAUUGCACGGGAGGUUCAAGAAGAUUUUAUGUAUCAUAAUCAUAAGAUUUUAAAAGGUUCAACAGCUGUUAUCUUUAUUUACUAUAUUCAUCGCGAUCCGAAACAUUUUCCUGAUCCGGAAAAAUUCGAUCCCGAUCGAUUUUUACCUGAGAAUAGCGUCGAUCGAGCACCAUUUGCAUUCGUGCCAUUUUCAGCUGGUUCGAGAAAUUGUAUCGGACAACGCUUUGCAUUGCUCGAAGAAAAGACCAUUCUAUCGUCGAUCUUAAGACGCUUUAAAUUGAAAACAUCGGAAUCACGCGAAGAUUUGCAUCUUUCCUUCGAAGUUAUUCUUCGUUCUGAAAAUGGUGCUUUUGUUCAACUUGAAAAUCGAGAAUAA